AUGUCGAAAGACGAGAACCCUGACCCAAUUGUUGUCAAUCGGUGGCAUUCUACGGCCGUGAAAAAUGCUCUGGAUGAUGCAACGAAAGCCCUCAUGUCCAAGGAACACGGUUUGGUCGAGAAUCACGCACUUUUCGACGGGCGCUUAGCGUUAUGCACACUAUCUGUGAUUGUUGCAGCGGUCGCGUUACUCUGGGACUAUCUAUAUCCUCAUCCACAGUCUCGGAUGGUUCUAGUCGUUUGCGUAAUCAUAUACUUUAUCCUCUCCGGUAUCAUCACGUUGUACGUUCUCUAUGUGGAGAGAAAUAUUUUUUACGUCGGUAAAAAGAUGGAUCCCACUGGUUUGGAUCCACCGGACACAUGGCAGUUUUCCUCUCACAUGGAAAAGUAUGACCCGACUUAUCACCUCUCCUUGAUAGUCUCCUAUGGAAAAACCAAUAAGUCGAAAGUCGCUUCACUCGACCGUUGUGUUGCGGAUUUCUUCGACGCCAAAGGAACCUUGCGCUCCGAUCUGUAUAACGCAGCAGUGCUCAAGAUGAUCAAAGAGUUGGACUCUGCUAAAAAGGAUCAAUGA